UCAGGGGAGUAGCUGUGGGACUCCAACUUUUAGAACAAUCGAUUUCUCCUAAGAGACAGUGGGAGACGGACUGGAGUGGAUGGCACGGGACGUGGAUACGCAAGUUUUGUAACGUUGAACGGGACUGGGCUUUGGAGAUAAACCUGUGGAGUUUGAAAGCUGGAAUACAACCAACUUUUAGCCUGGGGAACUUGAAAAAACUUGAUAGGAGACCAUCUCUGAGGAAAAGCAGACAAACAGGCCAGUCCGGAUGGCAGGCGCUUGGGGGUCAGCCUGCACUGGACUCUGGCUCUAGCAGCCCACUGGGCCCUCACUUCAACUAGGAACAUUUCACAGCAGGACGUGUGCCCAUGAGGUCGUUGACACUGGUCCUGCUCUUCCUGAUCAGCGUCCAGGCUGCAUUCAACAUGGGAGGCCACACGCAAGCGCAGGGGCCGGCAAAUCAGCAUGCAGCAACAGAACGUUCACCCAGGUCUCACGGCCAUCCCAAACAACAGGACACACACUACGAUGACGAGAUUCCCACUGUGGACCCCAAAAUCUUCAACAAACGCCGAUACCGCUCACCUCGCGUGCUCUUCAGCGAGGUGAUCCCUCCGGAGGGCGAAACGGGAGCCUCCAGGCGCCCGCGUUUUCGCCGAAGGGCUAACGAGUUUUUGCAUCGUGGCGAGUACUCCGUGUGUGACAGCGAGGAACACUGGGUCGGCAACCUGACCCAUGCCACAGACUUGGCGGGCAAUGAAGUCACGGUGCUGCCGCACGUUCGCAUCAACAACGUGGUUAAGAAGCAACUGUUCUUCGAAACCACGUGCCGUGUGUCGAAACCCAGCGGGUCCCCCAAGCCGGGUCAGGGAGCCAGUGGCGUUAAAGCUGGCACCUCGAGCUGUCGUGGUAUCGACCACCGGCACUGGAACUCUUACUGCACCAACACGCACACCUACGUGCGGGCGCUGACGACCUACAAAAAUCAGAUCGCCUGGAGGUUCAUCCGAAUCAAUGCUGCAUGCGUGUGCGUGCUCAGCCGCAACUCGUGGAGGCUCUGACUGAUAAACUGACUGGUGUCUCGGGCCAACCCGCUGCAGCCUCCUGUUCUACAUCCCUCCCAUCUGUCGAUCAUAACAACCUUACUGCCAACAACGGUGUCCGAGAGCCCGCCCCUUUUCUUUUCUCUUUAUGACAUCGCAACCCAGUCCCCUCCUACCCUACCUCACUCUGUAAAUUAUUGGUUAAGUUAUGAGGACUGCAUGACAUAUUUAUAUAGUUUGUACAGUCAGAAUAUAAAUAUAUAUAUAAAUCUAUAUAAAUGUGUAUAUACAGUAUACAUAAGCAAGCUUUGUUUGUGUUGUUGAUGCUUUUAUUUAUUAAACACCUCACUUGUGUAUGUCAA